AUGACUGAACUGUGCCCUGUUUACGCUCCCUUCUUCGGAGCCAUCGGAUGUGCCUCGGCCAUCAUUUUCUCGUCGUUUGGUGCUGCCUACGGUACGGCCAAGUCCGGUGUCGGUGUGUGCGCCACUUGCGUGUUGAGACCCGACUUGUUGUUUAAAAACAUCGUGCCUGUGGUCAUGGCCGGUAUCAUUGCCAUCUACGGACUGGUGGUUUCGGUGCUGGUGUGCUACUCGCUUACCCAAAAACAGGCCCUUUACACAGGGUUCAUCCAGUUGGGUGCAGGACUGUCUGUGGGUCUCAGCGGUCUCGCUGCCGGUUUUGCCAUCGGUAUUGUCGGUGACGCCGGUGUCAGAGGUAACGCCCAGCAACCUCGUUUGUUCGUCGGUAUGAUUUUGAUCUUGAUUUUCGCCGAAGUGUUGGGUCUAUACGGUCUUAUUGUCGCCUUGCUCUUGAACUCCAGAGCUACGCAGGACGUCAUCUGUUAG